CCUACGGUGAGAAAAAAAAGAGAGCAGAACAGUUUCAAACACGUCGGCAUAAAUCUCACAUCCAGAGCUCCCUUUUCUCCUUCCCCUCCUGACGGACUUCAUUACUUUAUUCCUCUGCGCGCCAAUGCCCGAGACCACGCCGAAACGAAGGAUUUUUUUCCCUUGAGCAUGAAAAGGAUUGCCAAAUCAUCCGCAAUCCAACAUCACCGACUGAGCCACCAGCAUGAGCACUGGAUACAUAUGCUCCAGCAGAAGUUGUUGGCUAGAGAACUAACAAAUCUUGGACCACAAAUACAGCUAAGAGGGGAGAGUCAGUUUUAGGUCUCCAAAUAAUGGAGCGAGAAUGAACAGAGAGCGGCUUAAAAAAAAGCAUGAACUGGAGGUUUAUUGAGGUCAUCUGCUUCCUGUUUAUAUGGGACCAUAUAACAGUUCAGUCUUCCCGCCAGGACCCGUUGGCCACUGAACAACAUGUCACCAAGCAAUAUGACUGGCUCAUCUCUGACCGUGGACCUUUCCACCACUCUCGGAGUUAUCUGUCCUUUGUGGAAAGAUUCCGCCAAGGAUUUACGACCAGAUAUAAAAUUUAUAGGGAAUUUGCACGUUGGAAGGUGAGGAACACAGCGAUCGAGAGAAGGGACCUGAUCCGGAACCCUGUGCCGCUCAUGCCUGAGUUCCAGCGCAGCGUACGCUUGCUGGGCCGCAGACCCACGACUCAACAGUUCAUCGACACCAUCAUUAAGAAAUAUGGAACCCACAUUCUCAUCUCAGCCACCCUGGGAGGGGAGGAGGCGCUGACUAUGUACCUGGCCAAAAACAAGCUGGACAGGAAGCUUGCCAAUGCUACUCAGAACGUGGAAGCCCUUCAUCAGCUGGCCUCAUCCUACUUCAUUGACCGUGACGGCACGAUGAGGAAGUUGCAUGAGAUCCAGAUUUCCACCAAUGCCAUCAAGGUGACAGAAACACGGACGGGACCACUGGGAUGCAGUAGCUAUGACAAUCUGGACUCCGUUAGCUCCAUCCUUCUACAGAGCCCUGAGAGCAAGCUUCAUCUGCAAGGUCUUCAGGUCAUUUUCCCAGAUUACCUGCAGGAGAAAUUUGUCCAGUCGGCUCUGAGCUACAUCAUGUGCAAUGGAGAGGGAGAGUACGUGUGCAGCAACAACCAGUGCAUCUGUCAGUGCGCCGAGGAGUAUCCCCAAUGCAACUGCCCCAUCACCGACAUCCAGAUCAUGGAGAAUACCCUGCUGGGGAUGUCUGAGUCCUGGGCGUCCUCUUACAAAGACUUUGAGAACUCUGAUGAGUUUAAGUCCUUUCUGAAGAGACUGCCCUCCACUCACUUCCUGCCCAUCAGCAGUGUGCAUCUCCUGUGGGGCAGCGACUGGGACCUUCAGGCCCGCUACAGGCUCCUUCAGAGCUCCCUGGAGAUCCAGCGGCUCAAGAUUCAGCGCACCGCCCGCAAGCUCUUUGGCCUCAGCAUCCGUUGUCACCACAACCCCAACCACCAGAUGCCUCGGGAGAGAUCUGUGAUGCAGUGGCUCAACAGGGUCCAGUCCUUCCUCUACUGCAAUGAGAACGGCUUCUGGGGGACCUUCCUGGAGAGCCAAAGGACAUGCGUGUGCCACACAGGUGUCACCCUAUGCCAGCGACCCAUCCCAUGUGUCAUAGGUGGCAACAACAGCUGUGCCAUGUGCAGCUUGGCCAACAUCUCACAAUGUGGCUCCUGCAACAAGGGCUACAAGUUGUACCGUGGUCGCUGUGAGCCCCAGAAUGUGGACUCAGAACGUAGCGAGCAGUUCAUCAGCUUUGAAACUGAUCUGGACUUUCAGGACCUGGAGCUCAAGUACCUGUUACAGAAAAUGGAUUCGCGACUGUACAUUCACACCACUUUCAUCAGUAAUGAGAUCCGACUAGAGACCUUCUUUGACCCUCGAUGGCGUAAGCGCAUGUCCCUGACUCUCAAGAGUAACAAAAACCGGAUGGACUACCUCCACAUGAUUAUCGGUCUGUCGAUGAAGAUCUGCCAGAUGCGAAAUAGCAGCAUUGAUCCCAUGUUCUUUGUUUAUGUCAACCCAUUCAGUGGCAGCCACUCAGAAGGCUGGAGCAUGCCCUUUGGGGAACAUGGCUACCCCCGCUGGGAAAAAGUACGGCUGCAGAACUCCCAGUGCUUCAACUGGACUCUGUUGCUGGGCAACCGGUGGAAGACCUUCUUUGAGACGGUGCACAUCUACCUGCGCAGCCGCGCUAAGAUCCCAACUGGCCUACGCAAUGACACUGGACAGGGUCCAGUGGAUCUUGGAGACCCUAACAAGCGGCAGAUCUACAUAAAAAUAUCUGACAUCCAAGUGUUCGGCUACAGCCUGCGGUUUAAUGCCGACCUGCUCCGUAGUGCCGUCCAGCAGGUUAACCAGUCGUACACACAAGGAACUCAGUUCUAUUCAUCUUCAUCUGUUAUGCUCCUGUUAUUGGAUAUUAGGGAUCGAAUUAACCGCCUUGCUCCUCCAUCUGCACCUGGCAAACCCCAGCUGGACCUCUUCUCCUGUAUGCUGAAGCAUAGGCUCAAGCUCAACAACAGCGAGAUGAUUCGAGUAAAUCAUGCCUUGGACAUGUACAGCACAGAGAUACUAAAACAAUCAGAUCACCUGACUGCUAAACUCUGUUGAACAAAGUCACAUUAACACAAAGGACAGCAAACAGAAACACCCAACAAAUGAACUACGAGGGGAUAUUAAUCUUAAUUUUUGUUGUCUCUUUUUCAUUUUUUGGACCUUUUCUGCCUUUUGAUGUAAUAUUAACUUUGUAAGCAUAAUUCUUAAAGAGAUAAAGGAAAAAGGCAAUGAUGAAAAGCAUUUCAGAUUAAGAUAAAGAAGAUUAAUGGAACCACUAUAAAGACUGUAUCAUAUUUGUCCCAGCAUGUCUGUCAUUCCCCAAAAGAACUUAAAAGUGAGAGAGAAAAAAAAAGAAAUAUUAAAUCUAUGUACUGGUGAAAAAGAGGCCUUGAUUUUACUCCGAGGGAUCAAAGGUUGUAUCUGAAACUGCCAUUCUUUACUGAGAAAAACAUUUUUAAAGGAAUAAUGACACAAGGGCAGACCAGAUAUCCUUUUAUUUCAGCUAAUGUGCAAAAUAUUUCAGACAUAAUGGACAGUUUAAUAUUUAAAAAAAAUGUUUAUACAUUGUAAGGAUUAAAUAGCCCUAGUGAGUAAGUAGUCGACACAUUACUUAUAGACUCUUUAUUACAUCUCAAACCCACAGCGAAUCUGCAUUGCUCUUUGUGAGUUAUGAGGCACUCUGUCAUUGUUCUGACACAUAAGGCACACAGCAGGGCAGUAAUGGAUAGUCAUGUCAAAUAACAAAAGCCAGCUGUUUAUAUAUACAUAUAUAUGUGGGUGAAUGUAUGUGUGCGUGCGCGUGUGCAAAUGUGCGUAUACAUUUUUUUGGCUUGAUGCUUAUUGCUGUUUGUUAAUUGAAUGUGUCAUUUGAGAUUGACUCCAGUCUAAGCAAAAUCUAGCAUUUGGAGCGCUUCUUCCCGUGUUUGAAAUUCAAGCUGUGUUUUUCACAAGGCAGUACCUCCUGGUGCGUGAGUGCAAUAUUGUGGUCUGAAGAUUUAACAAUCAAUGCUAUUUUGUACAGCUUUGCAAAAUGUACAUGUUGUGACUGCUGAUUUGUGGAGCUUUUCAGCACCAAGAGCAAAAUGUAAACAUUCAUCAUUCAGGCACAUUUGCAAGACAACUUAAAGCCAUACACUUCCCUGAGGUAGACAUACAGUAUGACAUAAAGCCCAUCCCCGUUUCACGAAAGUACGUACAUAAAAAAAAAAAAAAAAUGUUCCAUUUGUAUGUUUUUAUUUUAUUCUCUCGGUUUUUAGAUAAGAGCACAGCAAAAAGGGAGAUGACAAGAAGAAAAGGCAUAUUAUGUUGGAUAAGAUUCGUGUUGUAAAGCCAUUGAAUUUCUCUGUUGUGCCACAGAAAAAAAAAGAAAAAAAAAAGAAAAAAAGAAAUGGUUAUAUUAAAGCUUAAAAUACCUUUUUGGCAGUCUUUAAUCUGUAAGCUUUUUAAUGACCACAUGUAGAUUUUUUUCUUUCCAGAUUUGAAAUUUAACCUUGUUUUGCAUGUUGCUGGAAACAUCAACAGAGCUGCAACUGUGUUUAACACUCAGUCAUCAAAUAUGAACACUACCUAUAUGUAUUGUUGGUCACAUUUUAUUUGGGUAGUCUGAUGCUUAAGCAUUGCUGAUGAGUUUUUGUAGGUCCGGUCCAUUACCUGCAUGUGUGUUAACAACAAAGGCAAGGUCACUCAUGUCAUAGCUGUUCUAGCCAUAGAUGGGUACGAACUUAAAAAAACAGGAACCUUCAUAUUUGCUGCCAUGGCACCCAGACUCUGGAAAAAACUUUCCUCCCAGUGUAAAAGCUGCCAGCCCAGUUGCAAGCUUUUAGACAAACAUUUAAAAACUCAUACUUUUUUUUGGUUUUCAAAUAGUUUUUUUCUUUUGUCUGUUAGUCUCUUAAUGUAUUAUUGUUUAGUUUCCUUUGUAUUUUUUGGUUGAAUUUUCUGUUCUUGUAUUUUAUUUUAUUCUAUUUAUUGUUCUUUUACAUUGUGAUGAGACUGGUCUUUGGGGUCAGCUGUAAGCAGAGGCAUGUGAUAUUUCUGCGAUCAACCGUGGUGGGUUUAAUCAUACACUGAGAAACCAGGUUUGGAAUUACACAGCCAAUUCACACCUCUUAAACAGAGCAGUUAAAGUCGGGGCCAUCAUAUCAGCAAGAAAUUGCAGCGGCCCUGGAACAAAACCUGUUGUAUGAUUGUUAUGGAUAUCGCUUUGUCAGCUGCAGAUUUGACCACAUCCAUAACUUUAAUAGUUGUGUCUAGAUGUGCAUUGUUGUAUACAUGAUGUAACUAACAGAAUCAUGUCUGUCUUUGUGUGGCGAUGAUUAUUCUUAUAAUUUCUUUUACUGUCUUUUUGUGAAGCAUAGGUGCUCUAUAAAUAACAACUUAGUCACUUACUUAUGUAACUAUAUCACUGCAAAUCAAAUCUUUUUCUGGUGAUUCAGUAGUCUGCAAAAUAAAUGACCGAUUUUCAGUGCAAGGGUUUGCACAUAUGUGUUGGCUGGUUCAGGAUGACUAAAGCUCAGGUUGUCAGCUUCAGCUCUGCCUGUCAAAUUAAUCUCACACUACGAUACUUUCAUCAGUCUAUAUCUUAUGUCAGGCUAACAGCUCAACAUCUGUAAAAAUGCACUUGUGAGCAGUUACCUCUGCAGUGCUAUUGUUUCCAAUUUGCAUAGGAUGGCAGCACUGCCUCGAGCUAAGCAGCAGAAAGGGGAGAGAAGGCAUCUGGACCGGUGGAUGCCAGUUAAAUGUACUGUAUCGAGACCAGUGCAUCUGCUUGGGUGUAGAUGGGAACUGCAAGCUGCCUCAAAGCUCCUCAGCAUUGAGGUUUUUUGGCCCACAUUAUGAAUUUUGAGCUUAUUAGCAUGCUAAUGUUAACAUAGUUAUACAGAAGCCCUGAGAGGCAAAUUAGAAAAAAAAAACAAAUGUGGUGAUCCAUUCUCUUAGUCGGAUCUAAACUGUUGUGUCUCUUGUGUUUAUGACUUCACAACAGGGAAAAAAGUUUUACCAGGAUAAUCUAUAUUCAUGGAACAGGUGGGGAAAACGGUUUGGCAGUUUGUUAAUUUUUCAAAGUGAAGUCAUUGUUGUUGUAAUACUUAUUUUGGCCACAAGAGGCUGAAGUGCAUCAAUACCAUAUGUUCUAAAUAGGAUGAAAAGCUUUCAUGUUUUUGUUUUUUUCCAGGCGAGUUUUCACCAUGUAGUCUAAGCACAAGGUCUUGUGGCCAACAUGAUAUUACAACAACAAACAAGGAAAUAUGAUACUGGGGGAAAAAAUCCACUUUUUUUUCCCCCCAACAGUUUUAACGGAUGACAAAAAAAUUACAAUAUGACCUGCUAGAACUUGUUUGCCCACCUGUUUUCAGAAAAAAAGUUACCAAGGAAAUGGUCCUGGCAAAAACAUUUUCAGUUUUCCACCUGGCAAAUCCUUUUUCUUCCUGUUUUACUGAUUUAAAAAAAAAAAAAAAAAGACUAAACAACAAGAAUAAACUUACAAAGAUUCUUUUUUUCUCACAAUUUCUUAAGUCAUAAACACAGGGGAGAUAACAAUUUAGAUCAGACUUAGAAAAUGGAUUAAACAUUUUUUUCAAAUCCACUUGCCUCUAAGGGCUUCCGUAUAGUAGACUGUACUCAUGCAUCCAUAGUAUUGCAAUUGUAUCAUUUGCAUUCUAACAGUACCUCCUAAUAGAAUUUGUUGAAGCUGAUGUAGAGCUGACUUUGACAUACUGAAGCGAAGCAUAACAAGCCUGAUAUGUCCACAAGCCUGUAAUCAAUUGAGAUGCAGUAAAUAGGAAUUGAUUGUUCAGCAUUAACAUUGGACUAUCCAAAUGAGUUGUUACCUUAUUAUUAUUAUUAUUAUUAUGGUUAUUAUUAUUAUUAUAAUUAUGAUUAUUUCUAUAAUUAUUAUUAUUAUUAUUAUUAUUAUUAUUAUUAUUAUUAAGUGCCUGUUAUCUAUCCCUUUAACACAUUUAGAGCUGGAGAAAACUUUUAGAUGUUACACAGACAGGUGACACUGAAUUAGCUUCAGAAUUUAUGACCAUAGAUGUUAAUUAAUAUACACUUUUCAUCUCCUACUGAGAACUACGCCUUCGAGGAGGUUUGUGCAUGUGGGGAAAUCAACCACCAUACAGGGGUGGGGUCAAAGGA